AUGAUUCAGUUAUCACUGUUGGUUGGUAUAGCUGCAACGGCUCCACAAGGAUACAAUUACCAAGUGCACAUCGGACCAAAUGGUGGCGGGGAUUUCACAUAUGAACAACUGCAACUAUUGCAACAAUUUGCUAAUCAACAGGAACAAUCAUCGGAUCAGCAUCAAGUUCUCACUAUUACAGAACCGCCUGUACCUGUGCUCUCUCAAACAGUAGCUCAACCUACCGACAAUUUUGCCGCGGCGUUACAACAGGUACAACAACUGGUGAGAAAUGAGCAACAGCAACUAACGAAACAAGAGCUUGUCAGUCAAACAGUGUUGUCGCAACAGCAAACUCAAGAAUUGGCUCAGCCAGUUCAGCAACAACAAAUUCCAAAUACAGUGGAACCGCUAAUAACAUUUGUACAAAUACAGCCACAGCAACAAACUUUAUUUCAACCACAACCUGAACCACAACUACAACAGGCACAGCAACAGCCACAAUCUGGAACUCAAACACAACUGGAGCCAGUUGUACUACAACAGCAAACUGAGCAACAAACUCAACAACAGCUUCAACCACAAUUUCAGACUCAACAACAAAUGCAACCGGAGCUCCAACCUCAAGCUCAACCACAGCUAGAACCCGUGCAGCAACAGCAACAGUCAGUACAAUAUUCCUCUGCUCAACCACCUCCACCGGCUGUGGAACCAGCACAAUACCAGCCUACAACUGUAUCUGUCGAAACUCGCGUACCAGCGCAAUACAACAAGGAAUUCUAUUAUCUUUCAGCACCACAAGAAGACAAUGAAUUGCCACAUGACUUCGAAAGUCAACUGAAUAAAAUCAAAAAGAAGCUACGCGUUCUCUUUAUCAAAGCACCUGAACAGAAUGGUCUUGAGAGAGCAGCUCUGCAAUUAGCCAAGGAGGCACAGAACUCACAAACUGCCAUUUAUGUGCUGACGAAGCAACACAAUGCCGAAGAUUUGGCUGAUAAAUUACAACAACAGCGCGUCACUUCUCCGCAAAAACCAGAAGUUGUGUUCGUAAAGUAUCGCACACCUGCAGAGGCCGAACAGGCUCAGCGCACCAUUCAAGCGCAAUAUGAAUCGCUCAAUGGCCCCAAUCACUUCAAUUACGAAGGUGUUGUACCGACACACAAUUUCGUUGGCUCCCUCGCCGAUAUUGAGCCACGCCAGCGUCCUGCGAAGAAGAGUGCGCCUGCGGAGGCAACUACAGUAUCGCCGGUGAAAUAUUUGCCGCCUGCAGAGUAA